GCUCCCGGGGCCGCUCUCGGAUGGCGCCGCCGAGCUCGUCUUCGUGCAGGUCUCGGCGGAUGAGCUGUCGGAGGCCAAGGCUGGGCUCGCGGACGCGGCGUGUCUCAUGCUGGGCCUGGACCUGCGCGGCCGGGCGGUGUCCUCUGGGGCCUCCCCCACGGCCGGCGCGUGGAUCGCCGUGAGCUGUCCGAGGAGCUAUCUGAGGGACGGCUGCACGCUGCAGAUCCCUGCGGGGAGGAUCAUCUCGCCGUGCGUCGUCCGGGCGACGGUACGCCUGACCACCGUCACGCCGUGCUGCGGGCAGCCCGUCGGCGGGGUCCUCGUGUACGCCAAUGGGCGCAGGUGCGGCGUCUCCUCCGAACGCGGCCUGGACGUGGCCCUGCCGCGGGGCGCGAACACGGUGGAGAUCAUGGAGCUGGGCGAGCGCGGGUUCGAGGUCACGUCCCAGAAGGUCGUGGACGUGUCCGACGCGGCGGGCGCGGAGUUGCAGCAGGUGGAGAUGUGCACCAGCGGGCGGGUCUAUGCAAAGUUGCUGUCCAGGCCUCCGAAUCCAGGGUUCCUGGUGAAGCCGUGCGCGGAGUACGCGGAAGCCUUGGAUGACGAGGAUCGAAGAUAA